AUGAAGCAUGUGAAUCGAGCUAUGGAGAAUUCAACGACCCUGAGGGAACUUGAGGAAGAUGAAGGGACCAAAAGUGUUUUAGAUGCCUGCAAAAUACUAUUGAAUUAUACUGUACAUGAACUUGAAAAAUCAUUUGAUGUGGUUGAGGAGCUAGAUGUCGUUAAAAUUCAUAAACUGUUGGCUGAUAUGAAGAUUUGGUUCAGUGCUACCAUUGCUUACCAACAAGCUUGUUUGGAUAGGUUCCAGAAAACGAAAUCAAAAUCCCAUGCUUCACUCAAAAUGAAGAAGUUUCUAAAUAUCACGACGCAACUCAGCAGAAUUGGACUUGCAAUAGCAUGUGAAUUAGAAGACCAGCUUCAGCAGUUGCAGGUUGAGGGACUCUUCGCUCGCCGCCGUCGUCUACUCGGAGAUGAGGAUCGACUUCCAGUUCUCGUCCAUUUUGAUUGGACUUCCUUUAGAGAAAGAAAUCAGAACUGGAAUCGCCGCCGUCGACUACUACACAAGAUGAGGAUAGACUUCCGAGAAAAGGAUCAAGGAUGGAAUCGCCGUCGGCUACACCAAGAUAUUGAGCUAAAUAUACCAGAAGGAGCACGAAGACUGUUGUCAGCUAAUUUGAAGCCCGAUCUUGUUGUGGCCAAGGACGGCAGUGGAUACUGCAAAACCCUAAAUGAAGCCAAACAAAAAAUCCCCCGCAGAUCCACCAAGCCUUUUGUGAUACACGUCAAGGAAGGAGUUUACGCCGAGAAUGUGGAAAUCCCUUCUGAAAUGGCGCACGUGGUACUCAUCGCAGAUGGUAAAGACAAAACCCGAAUCACUGGAAAUAUCAGCUCCGGUCAGGGUGGAAAUCCCACUACCUUCUUCACUGCAACAUUCGACACGCUUUAUGCUUUCACCAAACGACAAUUCUAUCGGGACUGCACCAUCUCCGGAAGAAUCGAUUUCAUUUUUGGUGAUGCAUCGGUGAUUUUUCAGAACUGCACAUUCCUUGUUCGAAAGCCACAAAAGGGAAAGCAAAACGUUAUUACGGUACAAAAGAGAAGUGACAAGAAAUUGCCGACGGGGACUGUUAUCCACGGCGGCCAAAUCAUUCCUGCUCCUGAGCUUUCUCCGGUGAAGGACGAGUUCCCGGUAUACCUUGGUCGCCCAUGGGGGGCACUAUCAACAACAAUUAUAAUGGAAACUUACAUCGAUGAUAUGGUGCACCCAGAUGGUUGGACAGACAUGGCAUCUGCAUCUAAAACCCAAGAAUGCACAUACCUUGUGCUUCCACAUCCAAGCGCGUUAAGAUGA